GAAGACAAAAAAUAAUAAUUGAAUGUAAAAGAGCAUGGGAUCUGAGACUGAGACAACAACUAAGGGUUAUUAAGAGAGAGAAAGAGAUACAUAGUUAGAGAGAGAGCAGAGACACCGUUCGGUGCUCCGCUGAAUACGGUUGUGGCCCCUGCGCUCCGCUGCAAUUUUACACUCAAAAGGACCUCAUGUCUAACAUAGAGGAGAACAAAGAUCUGGGACAGAUGGACGUGGAUGCAUCUGAUGAGUCAGCUAACAUGCCAUCACCCCAAAAGCAGGAGGAGUCUGUAAAGAGAAAGUAUGGAGGAAUGCUGCCCAAAAAGCCACCACUCAUAUCUAAGGACCAUGAACGUGCUUACUUCGAUUCUGCGGAUUGGGCACUUGGAAAGCAAGGCGGAGAGAAGCCUAAGGGACCACUUGAGGCUCUUCGGCCUAAAUUACAGCCAACGCAGCAGCAAACACGUUACCGGAAAUCUCCUUAUGCUCCUUCAGGAGAAGAAGGGGGAAGUGUUCCAGCUGAGGAUGCACCUUCCAACCAGUAAGCAGCAAUCAGUCUUUUGAUGAUGUGCUGACUAUUGUUCUAAUACCUGAGUGAGUAGGUAUCACUUCUUUGUUUUCAACAAUAAAGGAAGCUUGUCAUGUAUUCAUAUUAGCACAAGACAAAUGAUUUGAUCUGCACCUACGCAAUAGACAUUUACUUGGGAUUUUGAUUUUUGUGUUA